UUGCUUAUACAGGUGAUAUGGGAACGCACCGACCUCAUCUAUCCCCUAGCCGUGGGCACCCACGUCUUCCCCCCAGACCCUCGAAUCGUUGUCCUCUGCCCCCACGAGGCUUUGAGUCAACUAACAAUUUUCAACGCAACCAAAAGUGAUGCCAAGACGUAUCGCUGUCGAAGCAGUCCACAAGUACCAUCCAACUGUGCCAACCAAACGUGUGGUGAAAAAGAGGACCCCUUUGAGCAAACUUUUCGCGCAAUUUACGGCAAAAAACCGUCUCUAGCAAUGCAGGCCAUGGACUCUGACGUGUCCACGUCCAAUGUCAAGACGUCAGUGACAAUCUUGGGUCCCCAACUGGCCUUUUACGGGAUGCCACUGGAACUCAUCUGUCGGGCGAAUUUCUCCUCCAUGGAGGCCAAACGUGAUCCCCUCAUCAGUUUAGAAUGGUACCACAAUGGCGUGCGCCGUCGAACCAGUCGAGUUCAGUCGGGUGGCACCUUCAUUUCUUCUCGAUGGGUAGAUUCGAAUUUGCUGGAAUCACGUUUACUUAUCACAUGGAUAUCCGAAAAGGAAGCUGGCAGGUGGAAUUGUGUUGAACGGAGUCGAAUAAAUCGGCGAAGGUUGGUGAAUGACUCUGUGCCAACGCCUUCCAUGUCUUUCGAUCAAUUGAACCUUCAGAUCAUCGAGACGAAUGUAUUCCUUCGUGUCUCCCCGUCCUAG